GCUCAUUGCUUCCAAGCGCAAUAGAAAAACAAGAACUUUCUUUCUCUUUCUCAGGAACCCACAACUAUCAACUACCCCUUCUUUAUGCAUUAGUCAAUAAUGGAGGAUUCCGAGAAAUUGACGGCGUUGAAGAAGGCCUACGCCGAUAUAAUCCUCAAUACGGCAAAGGAAGCGGCGGCGCGUAUCAUGUCAUCCGAGAGAAGAGCUAUGAGGUUUCAGCGGGAGCUUGUUUCGACUAAAGAGGAAGCGCUUCGGAUGCUUCUCAGGCUCAAACAAAUGUUGGAUUCUAAGGUUAAUGAAGCUGAGAUGACAUCCUCGAGUCAGCAGAAGAAAAUUGAGGAGCUUGAAGCACAGCUCCAAGAAGCUGAGGAAAUAGUUAGAGACCUGAGGGAAGAGUUAAGAGAAGCGCAGGCUGAACUGGAGAAGGCAAGAAUCAACCAGAUUCAUUCCAUAGUUGAACAAAACGUAGAAGAUGAAAAUGGAGCCGAGGAAAAACAAUUACAGAACAGACUUUAUGCUUAUGAAUCAAUAUAUUCCGUCCCGGUUUCACAGUUUGAAUCUGCUGCAACUUUCGACGCUAGAAAUUCAGCUCUAAAUGGGACAAAGGAGAGCAGCAUGUGCUGUGUGUCACAUGAUCGUAAAAAGUGUUGUUACAUUCAUAACCCUGAUUUCGCUUCCAUAGUCAUUAGGAGGAAGGAGCCUGAGCUCUACAGAAAUGGUUGCACUCACAGAAUACGAGCAUUUGAGAGGAGCCUGUAUGAUGGAAAUAUUUCUCAUUCAGGAAAUGCGGAUGAUGUACAGAAUGAAGCAAUAGUUAGAGCAGAUGAAGGUGAAGUGAUUUCUGUGACAAACAAUUCUGAAACUGAUAAUAUUCGUGAAGUUGAGAAACCAGGUGAACUCACAGUGGCAGAUGCAGAUGCCGAUCAUGUCAAAGUGUCAUUUUGCAGAAACAAGGAAACCAAACCGGAAAGGAAGGUUGCUCAAUCUAGAUCAUGUUCACAGCAGGUCAUGGAAAUAAAUAAAACCCAUGACACAACUGCUGUGACUGAGGAGUCAGUCACUCCAAAUGACACUGUAAAAGAGGAGGCAUUAGUUGAAGUGUCAUUUUGCAGAAACAAAGAAACAAAACAGAAAAGCGAGUUGGUUCAAUCUACAUCAUGUUUGCAGCAGAUCGUGGAGACAAAAAAAUCUCAUGAUCUAACUGCAGUGACAGAGAAGCCAGUGUCUAAAAAUGAUACUGUAAAUGAGGAAACAUUAGUUGAAGUGCCAAUAUGCAAAAAAAAGAGGAGAAUUAAUGAUAGUGAAAAUAAAGCAUCUUAUAUUUCUUGCGCAAAAAAUUCUCCACAUGAUGAUAAUGAUCCAUCAAUGGAGAACUGUUCCAUGUUAUGUGAAAGUGAAGCUCUGAAGAAUAUGUUUACUUCAUCUAAGGAACCUACUGACACAGUUGCAAAGACAGAGCAGUCAGAAUCACAAAAGGAUGCUGAAAUGGAAGAUGUGUUUCUUAAAGCUAGCAGUGCUUGGAAGAAAAUAAAGGAUGAUAAGGAACUUUUGGAUGAAUCAGACUUGACCAGACAAGAGGGUUUGUCUGCUGAAAGUUUGGAGAUUCCAACUUGCAGAGCAGAUGUUGAGGAAGCUAAUGAGCCAUCUGAUACAUUAAGUCUAAAAGUGUCUGAUUCAGAUGAGAAGGCUUCUUCUCAAUCUGUCAAUGAUAGAUUUAUCUACACAUUCCAAAGAAAACGCAAGAGGGAGUCUCUAAGCAGCUCUGAUGGAGAUUGUUUGAGAACUUUGAAAGAACAGUGUCAAGAGAAGCAAAAUGGUCACGUGGAGCCUCACAAAUCUUGCACAAUUUCCAAAUCUUCUAAGGAUGAUCACAUGGAGCCUCACAAGUCUUGCACAAUUACUGAAUCAUCUAGGGGUGGUCACAUGGAGCCUCACAACUCUUGCACAGUCACCGAAUCAUCUAGGGAUAGUCGGCGCUUAGCACAAGUUGCUCGUCAGCUCAUAUCUUUGUCUGAAAAGAAAUGGUGGCAGUAGAUGUUAGAUGGUCCAUCGCUACAAGCAGAUUGAGCAAGAGAGUUUUCAAAGCACAGUCCACUGAUCCAUUCUUUCCGGAAUUGGUGUUUUUAAGGGCUGUGGGAUGUGUUAAUAAAACAUUAUUACUAUAUAUCUUCUUUUCCAACAGUUUUAGCUAUUUUUAGGUAUUGGGUAGCAUUAUUAUAUUCUGUGGAACUUAAAAUUACACAUGUUAUUGCUGUCCUUUCUAGGGCCAGCUUUCAAUGAUUGGAAUACAAAUUUUGUUAACUUGACAUAUAUUCCAUUGCAUUACAUAAAAAUCUAAAGUGAAUCAUAUUA